AAAUGGACCAGCAUGUCCAGUCAGCUCAACAUAUUCUUCUCACUAUAUCUCUCCAAACACAGGAACAGAAUCGACCCAUUCGCUUCUACCUCUACCAAACACAGAAAUAGAACCGAUCAGUUCCUUUGAAAUGAAACCAUCACAUUACAUUUCUUGGUCCCCAAACCAAACACACUAUUAAUUUCACCCAUAGAAUAAUCUCCUUAGUCUUUAUUGUGAUGAUGGGAAAGCUACUUGUGAAUAACUUGAAGAUUCCUGGCUCAGGGCAUCUCCAACAGCGAGGACACACUAAACGUUUGUGGACGCAUCCGCGGAUUCGGAUACAUGAGCUGGCCACCCAACACCGUGCACCAAACAUCUGGCUCCGUUUGCCAAUGUUUUUUUUCCUAUGUCUGCCACACCCAUAUAUAGCAUAAAUAAUUCUUCAAAUAGUGCAAAAAUUCAAAUGCAACAAUAGUUCAAAUAUAAAUAUUCAUUAAGUUUUCAAAUAAAAUAGAUGGAAUUUUGGGAGGAUGGUACAUCGAUCUUGGAGGGAGCGGAUACAGAACACGUGGGGGGCCAAGAAAAACAUGGCUCCAAGUGGAAUUUUGGGUGAGCCGAAGGUGUGAGAGUCCUACGUGGCUACGUGGCGGAGGUUCGGACGCCCAUAAAUCUCUAAUUCGGUGUCCGUUUGCAAGAAUUCGGACGUGCAUAAGCAUUUAUGGACGUUCACGGCACAAUGCACAAAAUGUCCGGACAUCACGGUCCCAACAUUUAGGGCCGGCUUGGUGUACCCCGAUGGAGAUGGAGCCUUAGCAAAGCGCGCAUAUCCUCCGUGGUCCGUGUAGGCUCGCUCCACUCACCGGUCACCACACACACACUCGUCACAGGAAAAUUUGUGGCGUGAGAAGCUGGGCCGAGCAGAGCAUGGACGGACGCAGAGCAGCACCGCCGCCGGCGUCGCGGAUUAGUGGCUGGCACGCCGACGACGAGUCCGAGCUGGGCGAGGAGGAGCUCGGUGUCUUCACCGCCGAGCGCUACUUCAACGGCGCCCUCGCCGCCGAGGAGGCUUUGUGGUGCGACCGCUCUUCGUCGUCGUUCUCGUCCGCGUUCAAGACAUGGCAGCACGACGGGUCUGCCCCGACGCCGACGGCUGCCACCAGCUCGUCGGAGGCCAGCUGGAACAGCCGCUCUGCGCUUCUGCCUAACCGUCCGGCUAUCGCACCCCCCUCGCCCGUUGAGAGCAAGCCGGAACCGGAUUCCAGGACAGAGAGUGAUGAGACCGGAAGAAAGGCACGCCCGUCGUCGUCUCACCUGCGGCGUUGGCUUCUCGGCAUGGCAGGGCGUGCCUGCGCCUGGGGCGACGGCGAGGAGUCGAUGAGCACCGACGACCCGAGCCGCCAUGAAUUGGAGGCCGGCUCCGUUCACGGUGGCCAGAAACGCAGUCCCGAAGCGGAUGCGGCGCUGCCAAGAAUGACGAGCAAGCAGACCGCCGUGGAGGACGGCACCACGGCGAGGGUGAUGUCUGGCAAGAGGGCCGACGACGGCGACGCACCACUUACCCUGCUGGUCGCGGAAGCUACGCACAGACGAGCUGCAAACUCCGGCGAAUUGUCCAUGAGGAUGCUGGAUCCGGCAGCCAACGCGUCGUACAAGUACAACGACCGGCUCCGGCGGGAAUCGUUGGACAUGUUUCACCAGGCAGGCCAAGGCUCUGCCAUUACAAUCGUCGCGGGAAGCACGGCGUGGGGUGGUGCCGCAACUGCAAGUGCAGGCGGCGGUGCCAGAGGAAGCCCCGAGACACCAAGCAGGAGGCGCGACUCCGGCGAUCUCGAGAGCGUGUGCCCGCCGAGCGAGGCGAGCGUGGUGUGGAGCGUGG